AUGGGAAGGGUUAAAGAAGGUAUAAAAAUCAACCAGCAGCUAUCAGAAACUAACACCAAUCUCAGAGAGGAACUGGGUAGUAAGGAGGUAGUCAUUGAUGGACUGCGCCAAGAACUGGUGGAGACCAAGGCCAGUCUGUCCUCCCAGCCGCAGGAUGUGGUAGAGAAGAUGAGCAGAUUGCAACACAGUGUAGACAGCCUUGAGAAGGAGUUGAAGUCGCAAGAAGACAUGGUUAAAGGCUUGAGAGAGCAGCUGGCAGAAACAGUGACUGAGAAAAAUACCUUGACCUCUAGCCUAAACGAGGCUCACCUCCUAGUGGACAGACACGUCCAGUCCAACACCAGCCUGACCACCCAGCUGACCACCGCCCAGGCUGACCUAGAGGCCCUGAGGACACAGAAUGACCAGCUGAAGGUGGACAGUGAGGCCGUGGCCGGGCAGAUGAAGGAACAGGAGGUGCUUCAUCAGGAGGAGAAGGAGGCAUGGAAAAAAGAGGAGACUUCCCUGCAGGACCGUCUGAGUAGUCUUCAGAAGGACUAUGAGGUCCUGAGUAAGGCACAUGGUAGUCUGGAGGAACUGAACACCAUGUGGGCGGGGAGGAAUGUGGACCUGACUGAGGAAGUGGAGAGACUGAAGGAAGUCCUGAAUAAACCAAAGACUGACCAAGACCAGCAAACUGACCCCAAGGAGCAGUGCACAGUGGACGUCCAAACUAAGGUCAUAGGUCACCACACAGUGGACACCCAGACAGAAGGUGACUAUAGUGGAGUGGACACCAGAGCUGUGUACUGCCAGACAGUUGGAGAAGAGUUGUAUUCCAUUGCUAAAACACCUGUGUGUAGUUAUUCAUUUCAAGCUAACAUUUUUCUUUUGUUAGAAUUUCACCAAAUAGCAUGCCUUAUCAGGAAAGCCUGGCAUAUGUGGAGUAAGGGAGAUGGGUCCUGGUGGAGAUUCUGCAACAGUUUAUCUGUCCACAGACCACAGUACUGCACCAAAGUCUUCUGGCCAAGUAUCUAGCAAGGAGAAGCCUUUUGAACAACACUGCCAGAACCAGAAAGAUGGUGAUACAAAAGAAGGAGACAGAGAGAUAGAAAAGAAUGGGGAAGCUGAUGGAUUGUUGUUGAAUACAGAUCUUUUUGAAAUGAAAGAUGCAAAAAAAUUGGAAAAGGCAUUGCCAGUUCCUUAUGGAGAAAAUGUGGAUCAGAAGAAGUCUUUGAUGGAAAACCUUGAUUUUAAUCCAACAGUGUCAUGUGCUGAGCUGCCACCACAGUCAAAUGGUCCAUGCAAUGGGGAUGACUGCACUCUGCAUGACAGACACAUGGAAGAACAUGACAUGUCCAAGUCAGCGCCAUCUUACUCUACCCAGUCAGAACCUUCAACCAUGAUUGGUGCUCAUGCAGAUCUGCCCAACUUCAAACACAUUGUCACUGUGGAUAAGGAAAACCAGCCAAAUCUGAGAGGAGAACUUACUAGUCUGAGAGACAGUCCGUCAAAUGUGAGAGAAAACCAGUCAAGCCAAAGAGAAAAUCCAUCAAAUCUUAGAGAUGAUGAAACCAUCCCUGCAGAAACAAGCCAUACCAUUGGCCACCCUGGCAGCCAACCAGUGCCAUCCUCACAAGAUGUUGUCUGCAUCCCACAAAAUCAGAUAUGUGAGGAAGAAAAAGCAUGUCCGAGCUCUCUAGGAGAUAUCCAGUUUGCUGAGGGGAUGCCAAUUCAGCAGCA